AUGGGUAACCAGUCAUCAACACCAACGCCCACCUCCCCAUCUCCCUUCGAAGAUUUCGAAGAAAUCCUCCCCUCCGAAGCCCUCGAGCACCCCAAGCCCAACCAUUCAACCCCCUCGGAAGCAACCACAAUCACCACCCCCGACCUCGAAAAACUCUACAAAUUCUCUGAAUCCCUCCUACAACAACACACCCACGCCCUAUCCACAAUCCGCACCCACGAAACCGAAAAGCUCCUCACCCAACUCUCCCUCCAAGACCUCGCCACAAAACAAGACCACAUCCACACCCUCUGCACCCGCCUCGCCGCCGCCCACUCCCUCGACUCACCAGUCGGCAUCCCAGAGGAGGGAAUCCUCUCCUACAUGCUCGACUGCAUCGAGAACCUACAACGGCCUCUCGACACCCUCGAUGCCAAACUGGAGGAUACACCCAAGACCGCGAGUCUGAGCCGCAAGAUCUUGGCGCGCGUGACGCAUUUGGAAGAUGCGCUUCUGCGCGAUACCGAGGAUUUGCAGCAGGAUGGGAUUUUGGGGUAUCUAGGUGACGAGAUCUUCAACUUGAUCCAGCAGGUGGCGAGUUUUAGCGAGCGGUUUGAGGGGUUUGGUGGCCAUUUACGGGAUGUGGAGGAGAGGAUGUCGUAUCUUCAUUCUCGGGUUGAUACUUCGGUUAAGAGUCUGGCAGAGAUCCGCGAGAUGCAGACGCGGAUUGGGGAUCAGAUCGUGGAAGCGGAGGGGAAUGUGAGGAAUUCUUUCUUUGCGUUCCAGGAUGAGAUGAAUCAACGACUUGGUGUCUUGGAGGGUAGGGUUGAGUCGCUGGGGACUUUGAAACCUUCCCAGUCGAUGAGUGAGUUUGUUGAUGAGCGGUUCGAGACUCAUCUCUCUUCUUUGCGUGAGGUUAGUAAUUUGAACUCGACACACCGAACCAGCUCGGGUCUGGAGCCAGUCAAACCCCCAAGCAACCCUAGAACCAGUAGAACAAGUCUCGGAGAAAAACUACGAGAACGAUCUAAAAUCAAGAAAACCCUGCCAGUCGCACGCGUUCCCCCAGCUAAUCCCUCAAGUCCUCACGAACCCUCACCCGAACGGUUGAUAAUCUUCGACUCGCCCUCAGAAAACACGCCACCUAGCUUCCCAGAACAAGCAUCUCCAAAACGGAAGUUUCACCACGAACCCACUUCCAAAGACAGCCAAAUCAGCUCUCCCAUAGACCGCGAUACCGCAUCACCCAACCCCCAACCCGUCACCUACAUAGACUGCACAAUCCGCACCAAACCAACCUCUCAAAAAGACCUCCCCCCCUUCAUCCCGCCCUCAAAAGCAAGCCCAAACCAGUCUCCAAGCCAGAGCCUCCCCAUCUGUCUACUCACAGCCGUUCCCUUCCCAAGCAGUCCCCAUUUUCCAGAAGACACCGACCCAUUCAGCGACCUCUCCAUCAACCCCACCCCAGCAGCAUUCUCAAACCCCAUCGCCAGAAAGAGAUCAACAAGCCCAGCCAACAACCCAACGACGGAGCCACAAGUCGAUCCUCCCUUCCUCGCUACCAAGCCCCCAUCACACACCCAUCAACGGAACAGACAUCAAGAUUUAAUCUGGAACCAAUGGGCGCCUCCGCCCUCUUACAAAAAACCGUCCCUCGGUUAA